CUUUACUUACUUUCCAUUGAAUGAAGUGGGCAACAGCACUGCGUUUCAAACGGGCUUUAGCUACUUUUAGUUGAAAGAAGCGGGCUACACCCGGGAAAUUUCUCCCAUUUUCUGAGCUGUCUACAGUGUCACGGGCACAAUUUGGGGAAUUAAAAAACUUCUUUCCAGGUUUUUCUACACUUUUCCCCUCCGAGGCUGGAUUUGCUCGCGCUCGUUGGCCAGGUGUUUCACUCCAAGGAAGAGGCGUGCUGCUCUUUGUUCUGUCUAGGAUCUGUUGAGCUCUUUGUUUUGGCGAAAGCAUGGGAGCGCAAUUCUCUAAGACAGCUGGAAAGGAAGAAACGGCUGCAGUUUCACCCUCCAAAGCUAACGGACAGGAAAAUGGCCAUGUAAAGGUGAACGGAGAUGCAUCUCCAGCAGCUGCUGAGGAGAAAGAAGAGGUUCACACUAACGGAGAGAAGGCUGGGACAGCUAAAUCUGAAGAGGAGGCUGUGGAGGGAGAUCAAGCAAACACAGAAGUGAGUGCAGCCACUGAAGAGGAGGCCGCGAAAGCUGAGGAUGCCACAACUCCAUCCACAAGCAAUGAGACACCGAAGAAGAAGAAGCGCUUCUCUUUUAAGAAGUCGUUCAAGUUGAGUGGCUUCUCUUUUAAGAAAACCAAGAAGGAGACCGGGGAUGGAGAUGGAGGUGAGGAGGCCAAAACUGAGGGAGCUGAAGCUAUUGAAGGAGGUGUGUCAGAAGAGAAGGAAGCAGAAUCCACACCAGAGGAGAAACCAGUAGAGGAGCCCGAGGCUGCCAGUCCUGCCCCUGAGGAGUCCAAAGCGGAGGAGAAACCCGCAGCGGUGACAGAGCCUGCUCCUUCUAAAGAUGAAGCACCUGUAGCAGAGGAAUCCACUCCCAUUGUUCAAGAAGCAGAAUCCAGUCCAGAGGUCCAUGCAGAAUCUGCCACAGAGUAAUGUUCACAGUGCAGACCAACAACAGAUAAUCACGGCAUAUUUCCCUGUUGUACAGCGGAGUGGUCCCAGGUUAUGAGACAUUGGAGAACUACAGCUUUUUAGUGUUUACUUUUUUAUACAUUUUCCCUCUUCCCAAAUCUCACACUGCCUUUGUGUCUAUUCCUGGAGCUGCAAAAAAUGGGUGGCUCCAUUAAAUAAUACAGAACAUUUGGAAUGUUUUUUUUUAUAAUUAUUUUGCAUUUUUAUACAAAACAAUACAAUGUAAACAUUUAUGAAAAUUUAUAGGCAUCCCUGUGGAUUAAAGGCAGCUGGUUUGGGGUCAAAGAGGGGUGCAGGGAUUGGGAAUGAGGGUUUUUACAUUUUGGCACCUUGAUGACUCAGCCUUACAUCACAGACCAUGUAGUAGUACAAAAACAACAACCAUUAAUUAAUCCACUAUAGUUAAUAACAAGCCAAAUUAACUCACAAUGCCAAGUUAAAAACAGCGAUUUUAUAGGUCUUGGGAACCUUAAACACUCUCUCUUUUUUUUUUUAGCUGUAAUAGUCUGUUAAUUCAGUAGGGAACAGUUUACAUAUGCUUUACGGUGUAUUGCUGGUUCUGUGAGCUUAUCAAAGUAUAAGUAUGUAUAGAAGGGGUGUUUUAACUGAUUAUUGUUAAAAAAGAUAUCUUGAUCUCAAGAAGCACAUGCAGCUCUUCUAUCACCAAGUCUGUUUUUGUAAGUCAACCUCAAACCAUUGGAACAUAAAAAAAAAAACUAAAACCAAGCUGUGACACGUAUUCCUGAUUAUACUGUGUUUUUUGAUUAUAAAGGAUGAUGCUUUUUCACUGGUCUUUUGACAGAAUUAAAGAACUUGUCAGAUGCAAUGUUUGUGUAGCAUCUUGACUCUUUCUUUUGUAAAUAUUGGAGAAGCUUUUACCUUUGACUUAGAGAUUGAAUGUAACUUCGCUUACAAAAUUGAUAUUAAACUUGAAGGUGUCCCAAAUUUUAUGCGAGCACACUAAAAGCAAAAUAAAUGUGAAUGAGAUUUGAA